GUUACUUUCAGUUGUUUGCGCACAUUCAAGCCAAUCGGUUGGCUCCGCUCGAUUCCUUCCACAAACUUUACGGAUUACGCUGGAGAACGCUCGAUUUGAAAUCGAGGAAUUCGAAUGAAGAUACCCACAGGAAGUGAUAUUAUUUCGACCGCAACUGUAAUCCAUAUGUACACGAUCGUGCCCAUCUAGAUACGAGAUCUUGGUGGCUGUUGAACUCAAGAGAAUCCACUUGAGCCAUGGCAAAAGUGCCGAUCACGCUGGUGAUGAUCAUUGCGAUCGCCUCUGCCUCUUCGGACCUGGGAUGCGAUUAUGGCCAUCAUCGUUGCUACAUCGAUGUCACUGUGGAAAACAGUCCCCGCCAGCGGCACCUCCUCUCCGACAUGGACAUCACGCUGCAGUGCAUCCGACCCAUGGCCAAAUGGUUCUAUGAAGAUAAGUUUCAACUGAGGAAUUCCCUCUUGCGGCUUGAACGAGCACAGUCCGGAAAUUCCGGGAACUACGGCUGCCUGGAUAGUCAGAACAGAUGGUACAAUAUUUCCCUGGUUGUGGGCCAUAAGGAACCAGUUGGCAAUGACAUCGCCAGCUUUGUCAAGUUGCAAGAUGCGCGGCCAAUCCCGGAGUCAGAUCUCUUUUUCCAGCCCUUGAAUGAUACUCGCUCCCUAAAGUUGCUGCAACCACUACCCAAAACCGUCCAACGAACCGCAGGUGGUCUCUUCCAGUUGAGCUGCAGUCCCACGGAUCCGGAAGCAAAGGGUGUUGAUAUAUCCUGGCUGCACAAUGAUACUCAAAUCCUUGGUGGUCGGGGCCGGAUUAAGCUGAAAAGGUGGUCACUGACAGUGGGGCAACUGCAGCCGGAGGAUGCUGGAAGCUAUCACUGUAAGCUGUGCGUGGAACAGAACUGCCAAAGGAGUACUCCAACCCAACUGGAGGUAAUUAGCAGAAGUCACACAGUGCCCAUGCUAAAGCCAGGGUAUCCCCGAAAUGCCAGCAUUGCCCUUGAGGACAAUGUGAGCAUUGAGUGCCUCCUGGAGGACUCUGCCCUGGAGCCGAAGAUCACGUGGCUGCACAAGGGAAGUGUGGACAACAUCGAUGAUCUCUUGCAGCGGUUAAGAGAGCAGCCCCAACUACCGGUGGACGUUACCAGAUUGAUUACCCGCAUGGAUGAGCCACAGGUACUUCGUCUGGGCAAUGUCCUAAUGGAGGAUGGAGGAUGGUACAUAUGCAUAGCCGAGAACCAAGUCGGACGCACUGUGGCCGCCGCCUAUCUGGAUCUGUACAGUCCAUUAGACACUACCACGAUUCGCAUGACCACUACCACCACAGUGGCCAGCCCAGUGCCCACUGCAGCCACAGGAGAGGACACCGAUGAGGACGUGGAAAAUCCAGGACCGGACUCAUCAGGCGGCAUGGGUCCACCAGUGUUCAAAAAAGAGUUGAAGCGAUUGCAGCACUCAUUAUCGGGAAAUACCGUCACUCUAGCCUGCCCAGUGUAUGGAAAAGCGAACAUCACCUGGACGAAGGACAAGAAGCCGCUAAGACGUAAACUCGGCGUCUAUGUGUACAGGAACUGGACGCUCCGUUUCGUGGAGGCCACCAGCGAGGAUUCGGGAAUAUACAACUGUGCGGUGUGCAACGAGUGGGGCUGCAUCCAAUUUGACUUUAGCGUCCAAAUAAACGAUCGCACAAGAUCCGCACCAAUAAUUGUGGUGCCGCAAAAUCAGACGGUGAAAGUCAAUGGCAGCGUGGUGAUGAAGUGCACCGUGUACUCUGACUUGCAUCCUACGGUCAGCUGGAAAAGGGUUGUCCUCAAGAAUGCCUCGCUGGACGGUCUUCAGUCUGUGGAGAUCCAGAAUCUCAACUUCACCGUUACGAACGACUCAGUGGUUUUAACACUGCGAAAUGUUACCUUUGACCAGGAGGGCUGGUACACCUGCUUGGCCUCAAGUGGCCUGGGAAGAAGCAACUCCAGUGUGUACCUAAGGGUGGUGAGUCUGCCACCUUUGGAGAUCUAUGCCCUGCUGCACGCCCAUCCGCUUGGGUUCACCUUGGCGGUUUUUACUAUAGUGACUUUGUUCCUUUUGGGCAGUGCUUUCAUAACGUUCAUGCUGCGCCGGCUGAGGAGGGAGAAGCUCCUGAAGCUCCGCAUCGAAACGGUUCAUCAGUGGACUAAAAAAGUGAUCAUUUACCGACCGGGCGGAGAAGAAGGCAGUGGCUGCAACUCCGGCGAUCUUCAGAUGCCAGUGAUUAGGAUCGAGAAGCAGAGAACAACCGUUUCCACAACGGGCACAUGCGGUACUGAUGCCGCCCAGGGCUUCAAUGAGUAUGAGUUUCCGCUAGACUCUAACUGGGAGAUUCCCAGGCAGCAGCUUAAUUUGGGCUCCAUCCUGGGCGAGGGUGCCUUUGGACGCGUAGUGAUGGCGGAGGCGGAUGGUCUACCAAGGAACCCACAGUUGGGCGAAACCAUCGUGGCCGUCAAGAUGGUCAAGGAGGAGCACACGGAUACGGACAUGGCCAGCUUGGUGCGUGAAAUGGAGGUGAUGAAAAUGAUUGGCAAGCACAUUAACAUCAUCAAUCUGCUGGGCUGCUGCAGCCAGGGAGGUCCUCUGUGGGUGAUCGUGGAGUAUGCUCCACAUGGAAACCUCAAGGAUUUCCUCAAGCUGAAUCGACCGGGUGCUCCACAGCGACGGAGUGACAGCGAUGGCUAUCUCGAUGAUAAGCCACUGAUUUCAACACAACAACUUGGCGAAAAGGAGCUCACCAAGUUCGCAUUCCAAAUCGCUCGAGGAAUGGAGUACCUCGCUUCAAGACGGUGUAUUCAUCGCGAUCUGGCUGCCCGUAACGUUCUUGUAAGCGAUGGAUACGUUAUGAAGAUCGCCGACUUUGGACUGGCGAGGGAUAUCCAAGAUACGGAGUACUACCGGAAAAACACCAACGGACGGUUGCCCAUUAAGUGGAUGGCGCCGGAGUCGCUACAGGAGAAGAAGUACGACUCACAGAGCGACGUCUGGAGCUAUGGUGUUCUGCUGUGGGAGAUCAUGACCUACGGGGAUCAGCCAUACCCGCACAUACUGUCCGCCGAGGAGCUCUACAGCUACCUGAUUACGGGUCAGCGCAUGGAGAAGCCGGCCAAGUGCUCCCUGAACAUCUACGUGGUAAUGCGGCAGUGCUGGCACUUUGAGUCCUGUGCACGACCCACGUUCGCGGAGCUGGUGGAGAGUUUCGACGGGAUCCUGCAGCAGGCUAGUAGCAAUCCAAACGAUGCCUAUCUGGACCUCUCAAUGCCCAUGCUGGAGACGCCGCCCUCAUCGGGGGAUGAGGAUGAUGGCUCCGACACCGACACAUUCCGGGAAACCUCCCCGCUUAGAUAUCAGUACACCUAUAAGUUUAAUUAGUCCGUAGUAUUAGGAGACCUAAAAUAAUUCCAACGAGUCAAUCAGAUCCCAUCGAAGCAUCGCCAACCAUCAUAUCAUCCCAGA